GAAAUUCUGUGGACGAAAGAGUUGCUUCAACAUCCGUGCUUUAAAUGGAGAAUAAAAGCUUUCAGCACCAACUAUUUAUAUUGUACGCACUGGCUUUCGCUCAAGUUCAGUUGCAGAUACCACCUGCCUAUAUUGUUAAAAACAGCACAGGAUGUCUCAAUAUAUCAAUAUCUGAAAACGUUAAUGAGAAUUCUUCUUUAUGGAUAAUGUUCAAUGAAGUGUUUUUAUGUAACCUCACUAAUUUUCACAAUCCUGAUCCAUCUGUUGACAUAAAUGCAAACUACAAUGGAAGAAUACAAUGUUCAGUAACAGAAUCUUACAACAAAGCAAGCAUUUGUUUCACGAUGGGCGUCAAAACAUCUGAUGCCGGAGUUUAUGAUGCAAGAUUAUUCAAAGAUUCAGAUGAAUUCAUCACAAACAAUACAUUGUAUGUCAAAGAUAAGCCAGAACCACCUCAAAACCUGUCAGUUAUAUGCUCAGAUGCAAGAAAUGCAGCUCUUUUCUGGAUACCAGGUUCUGAUAGAGGAGCUCAUCAAAACUUUGUAGUGACUUACAAUAUACCAAACCAGCGAGCGCAAAACAAUCACACUGUUUGGGGCAACAGUUUGAUGAUCUCGAACUUGGAAAGGCGACAGUACGUGUUUUCUCUUACUGCUAUUAACGCGAUUGGAGAAUCUAAGCCUGUUCAAGCCAGAUGCACCAUCGGAGAUUUGGACGAAGAAAGCUGUCUACUCAGCCGGUUCUUUGGGUCCUUGUUUGGAUUGUUUUUGCUGAUCUCUGUUGGACUCUUUUCAUUCAUAGUUGUAGCCAUAAAGCGCAAACAAAUAAUCAUCUAUAAAUGCUGUCAUCUGAAAGAUACGCAAAAUUCUAAAUCGGAAAACGUCUCUUGUACUUAUGAGUUUCAAAAUGUGAUGGGUUCCAGAAACUCUACAAGCACGGAACAUCAAAUGGAAGCCUCGAGACUUACGAGUUCCUAUGAGGGCGUAAAUAUAUCUGAACAGGAAAAUUUUUACGAAAGUUAUGGUAAGGACAACCGGAUGGAGGAAUCAAGAAUCGCGACUCCCUACGACGACCUACAUAUUGCUGAACAAAUAAAUCUUUACGAAAAUGCUACUGGUACGGACAAUCAGAUGGAGGCAUCAAGAUCGACGAGUUCACAUGAAGAUGUUGCUAUUUCUGAACAGGCAUUUGUUUACGAAAUGUGCAUUCAUGAUACGGAAAAUCAGAUGGAGGCCAUAAGACCCUCGUGUACCUAUGGGAAUGUAGAUGUUGCUGGCUCGGAAAAUGUUUACGAUUUGUGUAAAUAGGAAUGAUGUCUGAGCUUUUGUGCACGGAAAUUUUAUGAUGCUGAAACGUAGCAUUUUCAAUUGUAGUAGUUAAAAAAUUGUGCUUGUAUAUCAGUGUAGGAAAUUGUUAUUAA